GCGAGGGGAAGGCGCUCGCGGAGCGGUUGCUCGGUGCUGGCGGUCGGCGGCGCGAACGCUCUCUCGUCCGCGCUCAAAGCGCAAUUCACGGAAAAAUACAGGGGGACCGGUCGGCCCCGAUGAGUCCUGCUGACUGGACGGCGCCCCCGCAACACUCGCCGACGACGCUGCUGUGCAUGGCCUGUUGUCAGUGAGCGAGCCAUGGACCUCAGGUCCCUCGUCAUCUGCAUCAUCCUCGUCUCGCCCGUCACCGGACUCUGGUGGGCCGUGAGCAACCAAGUUUUGGCCGACCCGCACGUAAUCUGCCGCCGGACAAAGCGGCUGCGACCACGACUGGCUGACACGUGCCGCAAAGAGCCUGGCCUGGUGAAGGAGUUGGCGAAAGGGGCUCAGCUGGGAACCAAGGAGUGUCAGUUCCAGUUCCGCAACCGCCGUUGGAAUUGCACCACCGCCAAACGGAGCCUCAGAAUGGUCUUGAUGAGUGAUACAAGAGAGAGUGGCUUUGUGAACGCCAUCACCGCGGCAGGUGUGACUUAUUCGGUGACCAGGGCGUGCACCACCGGUUCCUUGUUGGACUGUGGCUGUGAAAAGAAAUCAAAAAAUCGUGCGAGUAACACUAUAAGCGCGGAGCACGCGACUGCCCUGGCGGCGGCCGCCACCCCCAAGCAGCAGCACCGCCUCCACCAGCCCAAGGGCAAGGGCCUGAAGCGGAACAAGCAGCGCAAACUGGCCGCUCUGGAUCAGCCAGAGAACUCGGCCAACUCGGACUGGGAGUGGGGAGGCUGCGGCGACAACAUCAACUACGGUGUCCGCAAGUCCAGGGAGUGGAUGGACGCGCCCUUCCGCAAACGCAGCGACAUCAAAACGUUGGUGAUGCUGCACAACAACGACGCUGGGAGACUGGCGGUGAAAAACCACAUGAGGCUGGAAUGCAAGUGCCACGGUCUGUCAGGUUCCUGCACCCUGAAAACCUGCUGGAGCAAGAUGCCAGCUUUCAGGGAUAUCGGCAACAGGCUGAAGGACCACUUCGACGGGGCCAUCAAAGUGCUGCCAUCUAACGACGGAAGGAGCUUCAUGGCGGCCGGCGACCCUUCCAUUAAGCCACAUGGGAGGGAGGACAUUGUCUAUUCGGAGGACUCGCCGGACUUCUGCACUUUCAACAACCGCACCGGCUCGCUGGGAACGCAAGGCCGGGUGUGCAAUGGCAGCAGUGCGGGGGUCGGCGGUUGCGACCUGCUGUGCUGCGGCAGAGGUCACGACUCCAGGUACAUCAAGGACGUGUUCACCUGCCGGUGCCGCUUCAAGUGGUGCUGCAAUGUGACCUGCGAAACUUGUCAGGAACGGCGGCCCCUUUACACGUGUCGAUAGGCUUAUCUUUGAUCUUGUCGAGCCACCGAGAGAAAAUACGUAAAAAUUGAAUUAAAAAUAUAAACCGACGAGAGUGAGCGGCGAGUUGGGAUCUGUGCGCGAAUGGCGAGUCACUAGAAUUUAGGAAUUUGCAUAAGGAGUAUAGAUAAAUCGCUUUUGUGCAUGACACUAUCAAACAGACAAAAGUGCCUAUAACACCUUCCGCUUGCUGUUUGUAGAAAUUAAAUCUGUCGACGUAAUUUUUUAUGAUUAUAUACCUAUAUUUAUGUGAUCAUUCGAUAAUUAGCAAAUCUGAGAGCAAUUUAUUUUCAAAAAGUGGGAUCGUUCCUGUGCCCUUUGAUUGAACUGAAAUAAUCUUAAUAACUUUAUAAGGUUUAGUAUAGAAUGGAUUUGUGAAUUAUUGUGAUUGUUGGGAAGAGCGGAUGCACCGCGGCGGCCGUGCGUUUCUUUGAUGUCGGUCAUUUUAGCAAACAUCUGCUAGUAAUUGUGACACACUUUCUUCUCUCUUUAAAAUUUUUGUAUGGACUGAGAGGAAUUAAAUAAUAAAGAUUUAAAAACAUUGGAGACAAAUAUGAGCUUGAAAUAAAAAACAGUUCUACCUGUUUUGGUCUGCAACCCUCUCCCAAUCACUCAUUUUUUUUUUUUAAUUUUUAUUGAGCUGGACUUUAUUUACUUGGCGACCUGCAAUGUUCUAACACUUUCAUUCUGGAUUUGUUAAAAAAAAUGGUUCAACAAUUUUUGCAAGUUUUCGUAUUAUUUUUCUUACUCAUCACAGUGACCAAAACUGGUAGAAUUGUUACAAAAAUGGACAAGUAAAAAGCGAGCUUUUUACUCCAAUAACGUGUCUACAAGUGCAACUCCUUCUCUCAAAUUAAGAAUAUUUUAUGUCUCAACGUUUGUGCUGUUUAUAACAAUAAAGGGCCAUAUUUUAUGCUAAAAUUUUUUCUUUUUAGA